ACCAUAAUUCUUUGCGGCACCCAAAAAAAUUGUAAUCGCUCUGCUCCACGCCCCUACCCUCUACCUAAGCAUUGGGAUAUGUAGGAAAUAUCCGUGGAGAGAUGGGCUGAAACUCCUUUCGGUUCAUCCAAAAAGAUCUCUCAAGCGGCCUAUAGGAUUUCCGAAAGAACAUAAAUAUCAUACAGUGGAAUGAGCAGGCUGAGGUGGGGAGAUGCCUUACGUGGAUCGGCAGAACCGGAUCUGUGGCUUCCUGGACAUUGAGGAGAAUGAGAACAGCGGAAAGUUCCUCCGACGCUACUUCAUCCUGGACACCAAGGAGGGUAGCCUGGUGUGGUACAUGGACAACCCACAGAACCUGCCCAAAGGAGCUGAAAAUGUUGGCUCCCUCAAACUCACCUACAUCUCCAAGGUGAGUGAUGCCACAAAGCUGCGACCCAAGGCGGAGUUCUGCUUCGUCAUCAAUGCUGGUAUGAGGAAGUUCUACCUCCAGGCCAAUGAUCAGCAGGAUCUGGUAGAGUGGGUCAACGUGCUCAACAAUGCCACCAAGAUCACAGUGCCAAAGUCGGGGGAUGGCCAGCCCAGUGCAGAGAUCCCCCAGGAGGGGCUGGGUGCCACAAAGCAGAUCUCCUAUAAGACAGAGAUCAUAGGUGGAGUACCCAUCAUCACUGCCACACAGGAGCAGGGCGACGGGGGGCAGAACGGAGCAGAGCGGGGGGGCCAGCGGAAGGCCCACAGCCAGCUGCCCUACUUCCUGGGGAGAGGGGCGCAGGACCAGGCACUCAUCAAGGCUGGAUACUGUGUGAAGCAAGGAGCCGUGAUGAAGAACUGGAAGAGGAGAUACUUCUUACUGGAGGAGAACGCGGUCAGCUACUUUAAGUCAGACCUGGAGAGGGAGCCUCUGCGUGUGAUCCCGCUGAAAGAGGUUCACAAAGUUCAGGAGUGCAAACAGAGUGACUUAAUGCAGAGGGACAAUCUAUUUGAAGUCGUCACAAGCUCAAGGACCUUCUACAUGCAGUCGGACAGUCCAGAGGAGAUGCACAGCUGGAUCAAGGCCAUCUCAGGAGCCAUUGUGGCCCAGCGGGGGCCUGGACGCUCAGCUGCCUCUAUGCGUCAGGCCCGUCGGCUGUCGAACCCUUGUAUACAGAGGUAUACAUUCCGCAAUGGUGAAUGCAGCACGAGCACAGCGACCACUCUACCACCAGCAUCCCUUCCAGCUUCUACUGCAGCAGCAACCACGGGGGACCCCCCGCCCCUCGCUCGCCCAUCCAGGCAGAGCUACCCUACCCCCAGCCCCAGGGGGGCCCGGGCCCUUACCUGGGACAGCCAGGACUUCAUGGGCCUGCUGCCCUGGCGAGGCCACCCGGGGGCACCACCACCACCCCGCUCCCGCCUCUCCCUCCAGGAGACCCCCCGCCUGUCCAAGUGAGCACCUCGUCCCUGUACCACACCAACGCCGACCGGGAGGACCUGUCGCCAUGGAGACGGCGCAGCGAAGUAGAGGGCGACCAACCGGAAAUCUCCACCCUCAGCUUCGAGGACUCAGACCUGCAUGUCAGCCAGGUGUGAGCCUCUAGUCUAACCCCUGAACUUUGACCCCUAACCCCUGCCUCACAGGACACCGCAAGCUCUCACCCAUAACCCCACUCCCCCAUUUCCUCCACCACCUGUCCUUCACUCCCCAUGCACAGAACCUGCUCAUUGGAUGUGGAUGCAGGUGGAUUCACACUGACACAAAGGGGACUGGACAGUUAUCACCAACGACAAACGGAAAGCCAAUCAAAAGUGACCAAAAAAUGGAGCUGAACCAAUCAGAGCCAACCUGGCCCUCAGGAAGACAAGAAGUGGUCCCUGGUUGUGAUUGGUGAUCGUCUACUCUACCCCUGUAUCGAGAGCUUCUCUUAACACAGCCAAUGGCGUGAUGUGUCAGGGCAAGGAGACCUCGUCAGGUGUUUGGUUUUAGUUCAGUCUCUUUCGUUGUUGGUAUUUCUGUUGGGUGUUGCUCUUUCUCUUUCAUUGUUGAUAUUUCUGUUGGGUGUUGCUCUUUCUCUCUUGGUGUUGGCAUUGUGUGGUAUGAUUCAAUAACAUCAUCCCCUGUCCAUUAUCUAAAGAGGUUACUGAUUUGGCUUACUCUGCUGAGAAACUCACUGCUCACGUUUCUCCACCUUCUCCACCUUCUCCCUGACGUCACGUGAUUUACUGUUAUCAGGGUUGUUGGGCCUAAUUUAAAGAGGCGCUAGAUGUUAUUUUUAUUGAUAGUUAUGUAAACGAAAAAGUUGUAACUGUCGACAAUGAGACAACCCCACUCAUACACACAAUGGUUUAGAUUUGUAUGUACUUUUAAGAUGUUAGAUAUAUUUGCUUUUAAGCUGACCAUUUAGUUUUUAUCCAAAGCAUGCCGUUAUGGAAGCACCUAAUGAAAUAUGAAACCAAAAUCUUAAAAAUAACCUGUUGAAAUUCCGUGUACCAUUCUUACUUUCAGGUGUUUUUUGGAGUGAGUGGGUCUUGUGUAUAUUUAUGUUUUUAGUAAUCCUUUAGAAAUGCUUUGAGUCCUUAUGUUCUAAUGAAAGUUACACCUGUUGUGUUCGUUCAGACUCUCUCUUUCUCUCUCAAUCAGUCACACACACACACACACACACACACACACACACACACACACACACACACACACACACACACACACACAGACACUGUCACACCUAUGUGUUUUGCCAAAUUUAAGUCCUGCACUGUAAUGUUAUGUGCCUGUCAACGUUAGCAUGCAUUUGUAUAGUGACUUCUCCCCCAGGAGGACAGAUAUGCAUAGUACAGUACAAUACAUCUAUAGGCCUGUGGGUAGGGCCUUUCAACUGGCACUUUGUGGAUACAAUGUGGGCAGAUAAUCUGCCUGCUACACUUGAUCUGUUUUAUGGGUGUUCCUUUGACGUCCUCUUCUCUUUUCUACUGUAUGAGUACUGUACUACUUUUCUCAAUGCUGUGACUGUUUGUUUGUGUGUCUGUGGGGGAGACAUAGGGUACCUGCGUUGACAAUAUGGUGGAAGACAGGAGGAGGGUUUGACCUUUGGCCUCAGCUGUGUGCUCUUCCUGUUUUUACUGUGUUGCACAACUCUUACUGUAAUAGCUGCUAAAGUGCCUGCGUUCUUUCUAUAGAGGAAAAAAAACAAGAAGCUAUUUUGACCCUUUUAAUUGUGUACCUGAUGUUCUUAAAUCGUGUGCAUUAUUUAUUAAGUGGAGUUUGAAAAUAAAUCAAUGGAUUCAA